AUGUACAGACACGUAAAAUGUCACGGGGGCUCAAAUAGAUGUUCUCAAGUUAGCAGCAAGACUCUGACUAUAGAUAAACUCAGCCCUAACAUAUUAGCCAUGGAAUAUGCUGUUCGUGGUCCUCUUGAUAUUCGUGCUCGUGAAAUCGAGAAAGAAUUACAAAGCGGUGCCAAGAAACCUUUUAAAAAUGUGAUCAAAGCGAACAUCGGAGAUGUACACGCCAUGGGACAGCCACCUAUAACAUUUAUCAGACAGGUGGUGGCCUGCGCAGUAUGCCCGACGCUCAUAGAGACCUACUGUUUCCCCGCUGACGUGAAGGCGAGGGCUUGUGAAAUUUUAGAAUCAUGUGGGGGCUAUUCAGUGGGUGCCUAUACUAGUUCUCAGGGAAUUGAGAGAAUUCGCAAGAAUAUUGCUGCUUAUCUUGCGAAACGCGACGGCCAUCCCUCUGAUUGGGAGAACAUCUGCUUGUCUUCUGGUGCUUCCGCGGGCAUUAAAAACAUUCUGCGACUCUUCUGCAAAAAUAUUGAUGGAAAGAAAACUGGUAUAAUGAUCCCGAUACCGCAAUACCCACUGUACACAGCAGCGAUCGCGGAGUUGGGUCUGGUCUCUGUGGGCUACUAUCUGGACGAGGACAAUGAUUGGGGGCUGAGCGCUGAGGAGCUACAGCGUAGCUACGCGGCCGCUGCUACCACGUGCAACGUUCGUGCUAUCGUCAUUAUUAACCCUGGGAACCCCACCGGUCAGGUCCUGACACGAAAGAACAUCGAGAGCGUCAUCAAGUUCGCUCACGAGAAAAACCUGUUCAUAUUCGCCGACGAGGUGUAUCAACAAAACAUUUACGAUAAAAACAGUCAGUUCUUUUCGUUUAAAAAGAUAUUGUGUGAAUUGGGCGAACCCUAUUGCAAAACCGAACUGGCGUCAUUCAUGUCUGCUUCGAAAUGCUACAUGGGCGAAUGUGGGCUUAGGGGAGGUUGGAUGGAGGUUGUGAACAUGGACCUCGAUGUAAGGGCCCAAUUAUACAAGUCAAUGUCCGCCAUACUGUGCCCAAACACAAUAGGACAGAUUGUCAUAGACUGUGUUGUCAAAGAGCCUUGCCCUGGGGAUCCUUCUUACGACCUCUUCAAUAAGGAGAAGACGUAUAUGUUGAAGUCUCUGGCGGAGAGAGCCAUGAUGGCCCAUCACACCUUCAACAGAAUGGAAGGCUUCUCUUGCAACAACGUACAGGGCGCUAUGUAUGCGUUUCCUCGAAUCAAUCUUCCCCCUAAGGCUAUUCAGAAGGCGAAGGAAAACAAGAUGGAACCUGAUGUGUUUUACGCCAUGCGUCUGCUCGAGGAGUCUGGAAUCAGCGUAGUACCAGGCUCAGGGUUCGGCCAAAAACCGGACACAUACCACUUCAGGACGACAAUUCUUCCACAGCCCAAAGUUCUCAAAGAAAUGCUGAAGAUAUUCGAAGGCUUUCAAGCUAAGUUCCUCAAGGAAUUCUCGUGA